GAGGCUGCACAGGACAAAGCAUCCACUUACACGCACAAAACACACAUCCGAGAACCGAUGGCUGUUGAAAGUGUGACGUCUACGGGGGAUCGGUAAUUCCACAGGAAAUGGAGGAGAAUCCACAGUUACAUUUGAAAAUGUAAAAGUCUAGAAAGAAAGUCACCGUCUCAAGAUGCAGCUCCAGAUGGAGGAUAUGGAUCUCCAGAGGGCCAUAGCCAAUGCUCAGCCACAGCUGGUGGAGUCCCUGAGUCAUGCCCCUGAGUGGCUGCUUAUGAAAGCCAAAUGUUUCCUUCCUCACAUGGACCUGAGUCACGUGGAUGGGAUCACUGACUGCAAAGAAAAGGUCUUGUGGCUCCUUGACACUCUUGAGAAUGCAGGACCGAUCAUUUGGAAGCAGUUUAUCCAGUGCGUCUGCAUGGAAUGCAGCCUGCCCAUGGACCUGGAGAUACAACUCAUGAGUGCCUCAGGAGAAGGUAAUUUAAACCAGAAACAAGAAGCCUUUGCAGAAGCAAGUACUCAGUCUCCUUCUCCACCUACAGGACCUGGAAGACGUCGUCAUGGAAGCAAUUCUCAUCCCGAUGGUAAAAAGUCUAAACAGCAACGAUUAGACUCAGCUGAAAGGUACCGGCAUCUCAUCAUUGCUUCAGUGUCCCAAAGAUAUGGAAAUGAGAGAGCAGCAGGAGCAGCUGUUCUGGGACAAGCACAGCCACCAGCUUUCAGCCAAGCCUUCGUCAACCUAGUCAUCCGGCAGAGUAAAGCUUCCAGACUAAAGGAGAGAGCAGAUAAACCCAGAGAGGACUCGGCAGGCAUGCAGGAAGCAGAGGAAUGUGUGGACACGGCUGUGAAAGUCUCAGACCUGUUUGAAAGUGUCAUUAGCUCGGGUACCACCAGGGUUAUCCUUUUGUUUGGCAAACCGGGGAUGGGAAAGACCAUGCUGAUGCAUCGGCUUUGCCAGAAGUGGGCAGAAGGAGCUUUGCCUCAAUUUCUGUUUACUUUUCUCUUUGAGUUUAGGCAGCUGAAUCUGAUCAGCAGAAAGCUGACGUUAAAGGAGCUUUUGUUUGAUUUGGUCCUUCAGCCAGAAGAUAGCCCUGAUGCAGUAUUUCAGCACCUCCUGGAGAAUGCCCAGCGCAUGUUGUUCAUCUUUGAUGGGCUGGAUGAAUUUGUGGGGAACAUAGACCAGCCAUCCUCGCCUUAUGUAAGCCCUGCCCUCCACAGGCCUAUGUCCAUAUCUGAGCUGUUUGCCAAUUUCUGCUUUGGAAGACUUCUCCCUGGGUGCACGGUGCUGGUCACCAGUCGGCCUAAGAAAUUACCUGACUUUCUGUUAAGCAGAGCAGAUCUGCUGGCAGAAAUUUGGGGAUUUGACCAUGAGAAAGUUGAAGAGUAUGCCAGCCACUAUUUCCACCAACAUUCCUUCAAAGAGCAGGCCAUCGCUCACCUGAAAAACAACAGCAAGCUUCUGAGCAUGUGCUUGAUCCCUGCCUUGUGCUGCAUUGUCUGCGUCUGUUUGGAAUAUUUGCUGAGGAAGCGUUUGUCAAAGGUGGAGCUUCCUCAGACCAUGACCCAAUUUUAUAUCAAAAUGCUCCUCAUCUUUAUAAGUAAACAGCAGACAGAGGGCACUGUGAGUGAAGACACGCAGCUGAAUCACCACAGGACAGCCAUUUUGGGCCUGUGUGACCUUGCAUUGAAAGGCCUGGAAGAGAAGAAGCUAGUGUUUUACGUUAAUGAUAUCCCAGAGCAUGUGAAAGAGUUCGCUUCCCUACACGGGUUGCUGACUGUCUUUGAGGUGAAGAGGAGUGACAGCCUCCCAGAGGCCGGCCACGCCUUUGUGCACCUGAGUCUUCAGGAGUUCUUUGCUGCGCUGAACUUGAUGAUAAAUAAUGCAGUCAACGGAAACGACCUGAAGAAAAAGUUCUCUUUGAAGUCAAAGUGGACUUUAAAAAAUGAAGCCAAGACCGAAUUCAUGGAGAAUUUUCACAUCUUUCUCUCAGGCCUCUCGUCAAAGGAGUGUAGGACGUUCCUCACCCAGCUAGCUGAACGAAAUCAGGUGUGGGUGCGGGACAAGCAAGCCGCCAUUUUGCAGUCAUUGAAGAAGCUGGCAGCUACUAAUCUAACGGGGCCCAAGAUAAUUGAGCUGUGCCAUUGUACUUACGAAACACAAGACCUUGAAUUAGCCCAGCAUGUCGGAAGCCAGUUAAAUUUCAAGUAUGAAUUUAGAAACUUUAGAUUGACACCUCUAGAUGUUUCAGCUUUGGUUUUCAUCAUUAACUGUGGCCGGGAUUUGACUCACUUGGAUUUUGCAGGCUGUCCCAUGGAAUUAGAUUGUUUGGAGGUUCUAGCGAGCUGUAAAAAUAUAGAGCAUCUGAGCUUUAGGAGCAGGAAAUAUGGUGACGAAUUUGCAGCUGCUCUUUCCAAAAGCUUACCGAAGAUCAAGAGUCUGAAGAAACUAGAGUUAACUGGUGGCAGUAUCACUGCCCUGGGGCUAACUGGCCUGGCACAAGUCUUUCCAAACUGCCUUCAACUUGAAGAAAUAAACUUGCAGGACAAUCGACUGAGGGAUCAAGACAUGGGGAAAGUGAUUGAAAUGCUUUCAAGAGUGGAAAAGUUAAAGAUGAUUGAUUUAAGCCAUAAUGAUAUUUCGGUGAAGUCUGUUCUUACUUUGGCGAAGGGAGCCACGACUUGUCCAAAUGUUACUGAACUACAUAUAAGGAAGGACACCGUCAUGAUAUAUUUUUCUGGCCAGCCCAGAAGAGUCCUCAGAUCAUCGAGUUUGAGAAGGGAACAUAAAAAGGAAAAUGCUGCUCAAAUAAGAAAUUUGAAGUUACGGUUACAGGAUUGCAGCCUCAAUUCACAACAUGCAGGGGAGAUCGCUGCUCUUCUCAGGGGCUCCGCCCACUUCUCGGAAGUGGAUUUAUCAGGUAACCAACUUAGUGAUGAAGGCUGCAGACUGCUGGCGGAGAGUCUCCCUGAGGCACGUAUUUCCAAGCAGUUGGAUGUCAGUAACAACCAGAUAUCUGUGGAUGGUGUUUGCUGUCUGUUGAAUGCUGUGAACAUCUGCUUGAAUGUGGUGGAGUUUGAAGCCAGCCUUCAUCAUCAGACUGCAAUCCUGAAGUUUAUAGGAGAUAGAGAAUUUGCCUCUACCCGUUCCAGGGAUACAUCUCGUAGUGGGGACCAGUCCGGUGGAGGUGAGAGCCAGAAGUCUGUGGUCUCAAGGAAAAUAAGGCUGACAGACAGUGGUUUUCCCACCCGAGAUCUGGACAAGUUGUGCACUAUGUUGAAGAAAUGUAGCAGUGUAUCAGAGCUCGAUUUGUCAAAUAACUCUUUGGGAGACCAGGGCGUCGGGAAGCUGGUUGGACUCCUUCCGGAGCUGAAGGCAGUGAGUUCCCUGAAGCUGAGUGGCAAUCAGAUAUCGCUGAGUGCUGUGUUUGGCUUAGCUCAGUGUUUAUCGGCCCUGGACCACAUUAAAUCAAUAGACAUCAGCCUGGGAAACGCUCAGUCGGUCCACUUAACCUUCUGGGAAAGUGUCAGGAACAGCAGUACCAGAUCUGCAGGAAAGUUCCCGGCUCAUCCACAACAUUUAGAGAAUGACCAUUGCUUUCGUCUUAGGGAAUGCACCGUGAGUCCCGAGGACAUGGACAGGCUCUGCCAGAUCCUUGGAAAAUGCGCUGGACUAACAGAACUUGAAUUAUCUAGAAAUGCGCUGAGUGAUCAAAGCAUCGAAAGGCUGCUAAUAUCCCUACCACUUUUGCACAGUCUGAAGCUACUGAGUAUUAGGAAUAACAAGUUUUCACCAAAUUGCACUCUCUUAUUGGCCAACUCUCUCAACCUGUGUGAGCGAAUCAGAGAAGUAGAAGUCAGGUCAAGUGAAAAUGCUUUUUUGCAUUUAGCGGGGAGGAUAGAAAGCCAAGAAACAUCCUGCAGGCUAACUGACUGCAGCAUCGGGCAGAACGAGGUUGAGGAACUCUGCCGAAUCCUUGAACAAUGUGGUCAUCUUGCGGAACUGGAUCUCUCUGGGAAUCAGCUCGGCAACGAAGGGCUGAGAUGCCUCUUGGAUCGCUUGCUCCAAGUGCACGUUUCCCGCUUGCUGAACCUCAGCCAUAACAAAAUAUCUCAGGAUGGAGUUCUGCAUCUAAUUAACACCCUCGCCACAUGCAGAAAUGUAACAGAAGUUCAAGUCAGUUUGUGCUCCAAGGCAACAUCACUCAUCAAGUUCACAAGAGAAGAUGAACCAAGGAAGAUUUUGAGACUAACGGAGUGCAACUUUCAACCAGAACACCUGCCAAAGCUGUUCUCUCUACUGCAAAAGUGCACCAACCUGACGGAGUACAUAUCAACAAACAACAACAUGACAACCAGGGCGGUGGAAGAUCUAUUGCAGGCAGUGAGGAAAAGUCUGGGAACGCUGAGAAUAAGCAUUGAAGAGCAAUGGGUGCGGAAUGAAAGUAUCGCUAGCCUUCUGCAGAUGGCUGUCCGCCCCCACGGGAAUGUUACGGAGAUCACGAUAUCGAAAGACAAAGGUCUCCUUCGAGUGGGCGUGGGGUUCCCCCGUCGGAUGGAGAAGAUGGAGUCUGUGGUUAGCAGGUUGAAUCAGUACGGCCUGGAAGCGAAGCACGUUCACUUUCUCCAGAAAUGCACGCAGCUUCAGGAACUGAGCUGGUCUCAUCUUGAUCUCAACAAUGCUGAAGAGGCGAUGCUAGCCAGCGCGCUUCUGACUCUUCCAACGCUGAGGAAGUUUGAGCUGACGUCCAGCAGUGUUACGCCAAGCGGAAUGGGACACCUGGUUGCAGGGUUGCAGCAAUGCCAUGCUAUUGAAGAACUUAACCUCGGCUCCCUGGGACUUGAUGACACGGCCAUUCUCAUGCUGGUGCCAGGACUUCACAAAAUGCCUUUGCUGAAAAGACUCCUCUUGAACAAUAACAAUAUUGGUAGUGAAGGCUGCUCCCACCUGGCCGAAGCUCUGAAGAAUGCUCCUCAUAUGGAAGAAAUCAAUUUAAGCCAUAACAAGAUUGAACAUGCUGGUCUGGAAAAAAUAGCCAUGCUCCUGCCGGAAAUGCAAAAUCUAAAGAGAGUCGACCUGUCGUCGAACAACAUUGGCCCAGCUGGAGGGGAGAUGCUCGCGGAGGCUCUGGCUCGCUGCAGGCAUGUCGAGGAGUUACUAUUAGCCAGGAACCAUGUCGGAGACAAGACGGCAGCGAGACUCUCCCUCUCUCUGCCUAGCAUGUGCCACUUGAAGAUCCUUCAUCUGCAGUCCAAUAACAUUGGUUCACUUGGAGGAAUGCCGCUGGCCAGAGGCCUGGUGGAAUGCCAGCAGCUAGAAGAGAUAAGUUUGUCAGAGAACAGCUUUGGAGAAGGCGCCAUCCGCACCCUGUCAGAGGGGCUUCCACGAUUCACCCGGCUCAGGAAGAUUGAACUGAAACUCUGUGGAAUCAGCGAUGGCGUUUCCAGACAUCUUGCCCUCGGCUUCAGUCGUUGUCCUGUCAUUGAAGAGAUCAUAUUGUCGUGGAACAGCCUCGGUGAUGAAGGUGCCUUGGAGCUGGCCACGGUUCUCCCGAGAAUGGCAAGGCUGAGGAUGCUAGAUCUGGACAAUAACCGCAUUGCAGCCCGGGGUGCCAAGAAGCUAGCGGAGGAGCUCGCCAGGUGUGGUGGAAUCCAAGUCAUACGGCUUUGGAGCAAUCCAGUACCCAAGAACAUUGAAGAAAGUCUUACGAAGCAAGAUGCAAGAUUGCACUUCUCAUUUUUUUAAUAAAAGGAAGAACAUUCAAUGAAUAAGAGCUGAUUUGGUAGGGUAGGUAAGCCAGGUACCACUACUGCUAUCCUGGUGAAUUGCACUGAAAAGGAGCCUUGAGAAAUAGAGAGAGCAGAAUUCUAAAAAUAAAUAUUGUAAGCAUGUGGCAUUCUAGCCCUGCUCUUAGAACACAGAGGUUUUCUUUAUCUUUAACCCUAUUAUCUAUUAUCAGAGGGGUAGCCAUGUUAGUCUGGAUCUGUAAAAGCAGCAAAGAAUCCUGUGGCACCUUA